AUGAGCACCUUAUCUUCGGCCGAGUCGACGGCCAGCUCCGAAACCUUCCAUCUCUUUUCCCGUCUUCCUACUGAGUUACGACUCCAAAUAUGGCGCGAGUCUUUGCCCAACAUGGACUCACCAGCAUUGGUUCCCUACCAAAGCGGCUGUUGGCGUCCUGUUCCUGUGUCAGAAAGUGAUGAAGAAAGUGACUUCCAUCAAACGCAUGUGGAGGUUGAGUUCCGUCAUGAUUUGCUUGAGCAUAUCCGUGUCAAGAUACCACUCACCGCCGUGAACCACGAGGCCCGCGGUGCUGCUUUUGAAUGGGCUCUCAAGCAGGGCAUUGAGGCCCGUUAUCAUGAGGACAGACAGUGCCUCAUCUUCCUACGCCCUUUCGAUCCAAUGCGCGAUGUGAUAUGGUUUGGUCAAGAGGUCCAUGAGGUCUUCGGCAAAGAGUGUUGGGGCCUUCAUCAAUCGUUGGCUGAUCCUCGACAGAACGUUUCUGUUCCCAUAAAUUUGGGUCAGUUCGCCGUGUCUGAGCUUGCAUUCAUGGAUGAUCCAUCCAUGAAUUUUGUUAUUGACACAUUCCACUCCUUCUGCGCUGACCCUAUCAUCAUGUAUGUCAUCGUUGGCGAGCACCCGAACUUCGAUGUUUUGAAUGGAGACCAAACCAAGGUGCAGCCGCGGUGGGAGCUUUGGGAUAUAAAAAGGGCAAAGGCCCUGGUCUGGAAUCCAAGUACUGCCAGAUUUGACUGGGGGCCUGGCCGCCAGAUCCUUCAAGAGCUCGCCUACCAGCGGAUUCUGCAGGUCAGUCAAGUGAUCACGGAGCUCAUUGGUACACCAAUGAUUGGUGGCAAUGAUCACUUUGAGAUCCGGCCUGUCUUUUCCUUCAAAUUGUGA